GCGCGCCGCAGCCGAGCUCUUAAAGGGCCCGCGCGCGCGCAGGAUGCUGGCGGCGGUGCCGCGCGCCCUGUGCCGCCUGGCCGCCCGCCGCCGCUGCCCCGCGGCGCUCCCGCAGGCCCGGCGCGGCGCGGCCCGCCUGGGCGAAGGCGGCGGAUGGCGGCAGCGGCGGGGGGCGGCGGCGGCCCGGCCGGGCGCGCUGGGCUUCCUCGGAGCCCUCUCGCUGUUCCCCAGGGGCGCCGAGGAGGACGCCGAGGACGCCAUUAUCCUGCUGCUGAAGAAGGCCAAGCUCAGCGUCAUGAAGGGGGAGCUGGGGGAGGCCGAGCGGGCCCUGCACCAGGCGCUGCGGCUCUCGCACCAGGCCGGGAACGGGAAGGCGAUCGCCUACACCUACAGCAUGAUGGCAAACGUGGCCCUCAUGCAGGGGCAGUUGGACAACGCAGAAAAGCUCUACAAAGCAACUAUGAGCUAUAUGCUUGCUGGGGACACCAAGGAGGAUGACAAUGCAAUCCUUGAGAUGUCCCUCAAGCUGGCCAGUAUCUAUGCUGCUCAGAAACAGCACAAAUUAGCCCUGGCUGGCUACGAGUUCUGCAUUCUGACCUUAGAGGAGAAGAUUGCCAAGCAAAAGGACUUGCCUGAGGAUGUCUUACCAGCUGAAGAAAAAGCCAACACCCGUCUCUUGCUGGGGAUGAGCCUAGAUGGCUAUGCUCGGUAUCUCCUAAGCCUUAACCAGUUCCCAGUGGCCCAAAAAAUGUAUGAGAAGGCUCUGCAGAUAUCAAGUGAUGUUCAGGGAGAGACUCAUCCACAGACUGUGGUCCUGCUGAAUGACUUAGCAACUGUCCUGGAUGCUCAGGGGCACUAUGAUGAGGCAUACUCCCAUGUGAGGAGGGCAGCUGAGCUGGCAAAGGAAACGCAACACCCUGAGGAGCACAUGGUGCUGAGUAACCUGGCAGCAAUUCUGAUGCACAAAGAAGACUUUCUGCAAGCAAAGCAAGUGUACAAAGAAGCUCUGAAGCAGGCAGAACAGAAGGGAGAUACUGCUUCUGUCCAGCACAUCCAGGAAGAACUGGCUGAGCUGGCCAAGAGGAGAAAGGGCUCCAAAUGAGUUUGGCCAAAGAGUCCAAGCUUGAAGUGGCUGACAGCAGCAAGGGUGGGUCAGUACCAGCAGGCUGGGACAAGUUUGGUGCAAUUCUCAGGGGAAGCAGCAGUGAGGAACUUAGACUACUUAACAAGAAAUGCUGCUACUGCCUAACUAUUUAGCCCAAAAUAAAAUUGUGAAAUCUUUACUGUA